UAUAGAAAUGUUAUUAAGAAAAUCUGGUUUACAGUUGUUACAGGAUUAUCUUCAAAACAAGAACCUCUCUGGAACGGAAAACAAUUUUUCUCAACAUUGGCCUGUGUUUGCUCAGAGAUUGAUUGCGAAACUCACUCCUAAGCUUAUGCCAUCAGGAGAGUUAGAAGAACUUAAAGCUUUGUUUCAGAAAGAGAAAGGAGUUAACGUCUGCCACCAUUUAUUGUUGCAUCUAUCAAAGAUAUUCCCGACCCCUGUUGUUGUUAAGGGUCGAAAGCCAAACCACUGGACUCCUACCAAAUCUGAAAUCCAGUUGGGAUUCCUUGGACAUUACCAUUCAGAGGAGGAAUUUAAAACCUUCCUUCAUGAUAAAGCUGUCAAACUAGCAUCUUUCAAGACACCGGUUAGGUUUCAACCAUUUGCUGCUAUUGUUGGCCCCAACGUUCGCAACGUGCAAAAGUGUUAUGUUGUUCUUCAAGCAAAUGACAUUUAUCAAGUGGACACUCCUUUUGCUGCCAUAGACUUUACAUUUAAAGCAAGUCAGGUGUUGGACGCUGCCUAUCCAGCAGAGAGCAAGCUGGUUUGGCUAGUUGUGCAGCAAGCUAUUUACAAAGUGUUUUCUGAUAAUGACAAGAAGAUUAUUUCACCACAGCUUGUACCAAUUCUGAAGCACUUCAACAAGAAGUAA